AUGGCUGCUAUAUUCCGCUUUCAUGGUCACCGGGAAACAUUGCUCGAGUGUCUGCGCUUGACAAUUCAACAGGCCGUUGAUUGCGAGAAUACCGAUGAUCGCGACAAGUUCGCUCUAUGUGCCGGCCUGAUCACCGACAAUUCCGACGCAACUUUCUGGCGCAAGUGUGUCGAUGCUAUGGCUAUCAUUGAACAAUGGCUACAAAAGCUCCAGGACCGGUUGAACCAAAUUGCCAUGAUUGGCCAGACCGCCAAUGGCUACGCUCUGGAGACGCUGCAGUUUGAGAAACAGAGCCUGACAAAACAACACGAGUCUUUGGGUGCUAUCAUUUCACAUUUGAUCAAGGUCGGCAUCGCAACAGUUGACGAUUAUCGCUAUCUCUUGAACAAGACAGCGCAACUCGCCAGCCCCGACGAUAUCACCUUGCACUACUUGCCUGCUCUGGUCAGCUGUGCCUCAGUACUUGGACCUAUCGAUAGUGCUGCCGGUUUGAGGGAUGCUCGCGGUUUGGACCAGUAUUUCGCAGACAAAUCCGACAACUCAAAGUGGAAGUUACCUGAUUUCCGCGCUGCCGCAACCGUUUUCUGGUUGGCCGAAUACAGCGGUCGCUACAUCGACAACCCUAUCGGCUCGCCCUUGAGAGGCGUGGACCUGGAAGCAGAGACUGAGUCGCGCUCUCAGCGUUACUUGGAUGCUGUCCGCAACGGUGCUUUCGAGUUUAUCCUAUUCAUCUGCGCCCAAGUGCGCACAGACUUGUGGCACGAUCCAGCGAAGGUUGGGCUGGUAUCCUAUCUCUUGACUGGAGCGGAGCGUUUCAGAAAUGGCCCCAUCAAGGCAUCCGACUACUUCCAGGAGAUCCUCGCUCAAAAUUUGCAGCUGUUCGUCGACGCUUUCAUUACAAACAUGCCCGACACUAUCCGCAGAUUGAAGUUUGAGGAGGACGAACAGCGCCGUAAUAUCAGCAUUCGCCAGCCCCACGGCACUCCGGAACAUGGUCUGCACCUCGAAAGAUUCCUAGUCAUCAUCUCAUAUGCCUUCAAGGGCUUNCCCGAAGCUGCCCAAUCAUUCUGGCAAGAUCCCGAUAGCAACCUUUAUGGCUUCCUGUCAUGGGCCUCGAAGCGACAAUCUACUCCCCGAGCCGCUGCUUUUUGCGAGAUGUUUCUCUCUAUCUCAGAAGAUACCGAAUGCGCAGAAGCUGCACAUAAGUUCCUCAUGGACGAUGCAACUACUGCGGUAGCGAAACUUCGUCGCGGAGCACCUCUUAGUUGGGCACAAAUCUUCAACGAGUUGAGUUUCUAUGCUCCUGGUAUCAGCGACAAGCUUACGUCCACAUCUCUGCAAGGCGAGGGUGCAUUGGCCGGACCACUCAUCGAACCGGAGAGUGAACUUAUGCUCGAGUGUUAUCUGCGUCUUGUUACACACAUGUGUCGCUCGAGCGUAAGCGCCAGAACCUUUGUCUUGUCCCACCCCACAUUCAAUCUGCACGAAAUCGUACUGAAUCUUGCCGUUUCUGGUGUCUCUAACCGUCUCAAGGCCUGUACAUUCAUGGCCAUAGCGGCCAGCUUGACAGACAAGAGUAUCGAUGCUGGAUACGCGCUCUGGGAUUACAUUGAUUCUUGGAUGUAUGAUUCGCCGAGCCUACGGAAUUACCUGGGCACAAAGACACCUCAAAACCCUACCGUGGCAAAGGAAGGUCGCUUCCAAUCUUUACUGGAAGGCUUCGAGUUACCCAACGCAUUCACCAGGCUUGUCCAAAGCAUGGUCGUGCCCAGUCCAGAGGAGAGCAGCCUGCGUGACAUGCUGCCCUUCCCUGAACAGUUGGGUGCACAAUACCGCAUGCCUGGAAUGGACCCUUAUGUCGACUUCAUCUUGGGUAAUGUCUUCCAGGAACGAAUGGUCGAUCUGCCCGACGUGAACCAGAUUUGGGAGUUGAGAUGCACUUGCCUUGCCUUUAUUUCGACAUGUCUUUCGAGCUUCAACGAGGACCUUGUCAUCUUUGCUAACAGCACCAACAUCCCCGUUGACUCGAUCAUUUCCACCUCCUCUCUAGCGGCUUAUGUUCGCUUCCACCCGUUUGCCCGUGUCAUGGAAUGGCUGUUCAAUGACAAAGUCUCAAGUGCGCUCUUUGCCGCCGCUCAUGAGGACGUCGAUACAAUCAGUGCUGCUUCGCCAGAUUCUCCUAUGGUCGUUGCAUUGUGUCGCAGCAUUGAGGUCAUUAACCAGGUUUUGAAGCUCCAAUCAAUCUACUUUGACGUUGUUCGACCUAUUGUCAAGACACAAUACGUUGGGCGUGAGAAGACCAUUGCCAAUCCUGCACUUGCCUCAUUUGAGGAUGUCAUCCUGAACCAUGUCAACAUCAUAGUUGACCUUGGUUUGUACUGCGGAACUGGCCAUCAAGAGUUGACAAUGCUUUCUCUACAACUACUUCAAAAGUUGGCAACGGCUCGCAAGCUCUCAAUUGCGACUGGCACAUCUUAUGGAGGCAGCCGUGUGCUUGCGGCUUUGCAACAAGACUUUGAUGUCGACCGUAUCGCCGCGUCUUUCAUCUCUCCUCUUCAGCUCGAUCCCAGAGAGCUCGAGAUGGGAGCAGAAGGGCCAGGCAUCAACAUCAAACAAGGCAUCUUGGAUUUACUCAAUACCUCGCUCGAAACUGCGGCCAACCGACCAGCCCUAGCACAUUGUCUGUUAGGCUUCCGUUGCACCGACCGAGCUAUCAGUGUCCCAUCUAAUGGUCUCUUCGACACAGGAGCUUCGCUGUUCCAUGCUGUGGCGAAGCUCUCAGCCGACACUAUUGCUCUACCCGAGGUCAACCAAGCCCCGUGGCUCUCUACAAUACGUCGCACAUCCUGUCAGAUCAUCUCGAGGCUACUUCAUUUUUCGCUGACUGAGCGAAUUAUCCUCGAGGAGCUCAGAGAAUCCGGUUACUCAGAUGCUGUGGCCAUAGUGCAAGCACCCAUCAAUGCCGAAAGUCUGUGGAAUAACAGAAUUUGUGCUGACCCUGAUUUUCUCAUUUCAGGCUCUGCUGCUGUCUUCAAGGAUUUCUUGGUUCAGCGUACCAUGUUCUUUGAAGAAGCUUCNCUGGACAUCCGAGCAACAAUUCAGCGCAACACACCGACACAACGACAAAAAGUCCUAUCAUCACUGUUGGGUGUCACUGUUCUGUCGUCUGGUGAACAAGUCCAAAACGCUUCGAUCUUUGAAUUGUUCGACUUCAUUGAUGUAGACAUUUCCUUGCCUUUUGAGAUGGCAGAAAAAGCUUUCAUCACCGGUCUUGACUUUGGUUCGUGUAGGACUGACAAGCCCGAGUCCGGAGUUGUUUAUGAUCUUGGAUUGGCAAAGGAGCUGUUGCUCCUCCGCGAAGCCGACUUACGCAAGAAUGGCAGGUUGCUCGACCCCAUUUCACAGCAACAGUGUGCCGCAGAGAUUGACGCUGCUAUGUUGUGUCUGCAAUCGGAAAACAACUACGCCUCGAUCAUGCUUGCGCAGAGGACAGCACUCAACGUAUGGGUGAAGCUCAUGUCGAUGAUGCUCGCGUUAGGCGACUUCCAAGCCGCACCCAAGACUGCACUCGCACUGCAAGCUCUGCAGAUUGUGUUGCCGAAGUUGGACAGAACGAUUGUAGAGGACUCNCCUGUUACCGUUCCGCUUGCAAAGCUCACAUACACUCUGAUGAGGGUAUUAGACUCUUCUGCAGCAGAAAAGAAUGUGGAGGUCAGUGCGGUACACGACAGACUCACAGCGACUUUCCGUACAGCAUUGCGCGGCAUAGGCAGUGCUUCUGGUGGUACCGAGUUGCGCGAGACGUGUUACCAGACCAUCCGUCACUUCAUCAGAUCGGUGUGCAGGACAAGCGCAACUGGUACUGACAACCUGGGUGCUCAAGGAACCGCCUCUCCCGGUCUCGGUGCAGGUAUCAGUGGUUCACCCAGAUUAAGCACUGGUGCAACUGGCAGCGGUUCGUCGCCUCUGCAACGUCAGGCCGCCAAGAUCAUCGAACAUGGUGGCGAGAGACUGAUGGACACCAUCUGCGAGGACGUCAUGUCUAGUGCAGGCAGCUGUAGAGUUUCUGCCUUGAUGGUGCUAGAGUCCUGCUUGCAGUUGUUCCAGAUGGUCAAGUCGCAAUACCUGACACGGGCAAUGACUAAGCUGAACUUCACCUCUGUGCUUGUGGAUGGUAUCCGUGGUAUUGCUGGCGAAUUCCAACAACAACGUGAAGGACAAGGUAAGUAA